GUGUUAUUCUAUGAUUGGCUAAUGUUAUGAUAAUAAACGAAAGCAUGGUCAAAUUUACUGCCUACACGUGAUAAGGCGUAUCAGAGUGUAGUCUCAAACUGCCGAGAGGCUCUGAAGAUGCACGUGGAGACGAGGAGGAUCUUCGUGGGGAACCUCCCCGCGGGCACCACCGAGGCAGACAUCAGGGAGAAGUGCGGCCACUACGGGCAGGUGCUCUCCGUGGAGGUGAAGCAGCGCGGCGACGCUGCCUCGUUUGCCUACGUCGACUUGAACAUCAACCCCAACAGCUUGAACGCUUGUCUGAAUGGCCUGCAGCGGCGGGAGUGGAGGGGGCAGGGCGUGACGGCGCAGCUGGCGCGGGAGAGCUUCCUCAGCCGGCUGCAGAGGGAGCGGGAGGAGCAGUCGCGGCCGCCUGCCCCGCCCGUGCCCCAGGGCCCCGACACUGCAGAGCACCCGGGGGAUGCCCCUGUCGCCCACAAAAGCGGCCUGCCGAUGUUCCACGGCACCAAGCGCUCCCGGGGGGACGCGGACGACGCGCCCCGCAAGAAGCCCAGCAUGCUGUCGCGCCUCGAGACCUUCAGCAACGUCUGGAGAGAUGACGACGCCCCGAGCGAAGGUGGUCGGCGGGCCGCGAGGCAGGAGGGACCGAGCCCGGCCGCCAGGGCAGCGUUGAGGCCCAGCGAGGCGACCAGCGGCCGGGACGCCCCCACCGCAACCUUCCCCGAGCUCAAGGUCGACUUGUCCGAGCAGAAGCGACUGCAGGCGGUGGCCCGGAAGAAGCGGCUGUUCAACGAGCAGAAGAGGCUGGUUCGGGCGGCGCUGGCGUCGGUGGACGGCAGGCUGACGCUGAACAAGAAGAUUGUGUUCGACGACGACGGCGUCAGCGCGGUCGUGCAGGAAGCGAAGCGACCGGGGCCCGCGGCCGGUCCAGCCCUGUUCGAGGACGAGGAGGGGGGAGGCUCGGCCGACGACGACACGCUCACGAUCAACCGCCACUUCGAGGGCGAGCAGGGGCGCCAGCUGCUGGAGCUGCAGGCCCGGUACGGCAACGACGAGCGCUUCCGGCUGGACGGGCGGUUCCGGGACGACGGCCCGGCCCGGGACGACGACGAGGAGGAGGAGGAGGUCGUGGAGGACGAGCGGGCGCAGAACCUCAGGAUCCUGGGGGCCGUGCUGGGGCGCGAGCUGCCCCUCUCCGACAGCAAGAAGCGCAGGAACAUGGAGAAGCCGAUGCUGCGGUUUGAUCCGACCAAACCCGAUCACGAGAAAUACGAGAUCAAGAAGAGGGCGACCACUCCCGUCGUAAAUGGAACUUCACAAAAGAAGAAACUUGCUGCGGAAGCGAUUCCGCAGCCUAGCACAAAGGUUUCCAAAGAGAAGUUCUACAAGAUCAACGAUUCUCUGAAAGAAAGUUUUCAGAAGGACGGUCAGACCGAAACCUUCAGCUUGCUGAAGAUGUUCGGAUCAAAUGACGAAGAAGCAGAGGCAGGCAGAGACAGUGACCAGACUGACAGAGAGGCGACCACAGGGGGUGAGAAGGCGCUGGCUCGUAAACCCUUCGAGCACGACUCGAGCUUCCAGGGGACAGGCGACGACGAGGCCGGAGAAGCGAGUGGCCAGCCUCCGGCGAUCCAGGGACCCCUCAAGGGGACCAGCUCGUUCUUCUUCCUGCCAGACGACGAGAGACUGAGCGAAGGUGUCAAUUUCUUCAAUCAAAAAGUGAGUGACACUGCGGCGCUCGAAAAAUUUUCAGAGCACAGGAACAACUUGAAGAGGUGGGCCAAGAUAAAAGUGAGAAGCAGCAGGCACAACGUACAUAAGAAGAAAGGAACAUUCAGACAAGAAACUAAUCAUAAGAAAUUGAAGUAAAAACAGCAGAUAACGCUGCAUCUAAGAAGUCACCUACUAAUGUUUCCUGUUUAAUAAAUUAAAAUACCUAUUUUUUAACUCUGUUUAUAAAUUCUAGCCUUGUUAUAAUCAGUUUUCCGGAUUUUUAAAGUCUCUUGUGAAAUAAUUUUUCCCCAGGGGUGUACUGUAAAUAUUUUUUAAUGUAAUAUAUAUCAUUAAAGUUUUUACGAAUUAUUUUAGCUGCUCUCAAUG